AUGCCUGCUGCAACGCUCCGCCAUCCCACCCUAAGCCAGACCUACUACGAACGAGCCGAUCAGCCCAACCUCUCCCCUCUGGCCUCGUACCUCCUCCGCCUGAUCCACGUCAAGAGGACGAAUCUCUGUGUCUCGGCAGACGUAACGACGACCAACGAGCUGCUGAAGAUCGCGGAGGAAGUCGGUGAUCACAUAUGCGUGCUGAAGACGCAUGCGGACAUCAUUUCUGAUUUUGGGGAGAAGACGAUCCGAGGGCUGAAUGAGGUGUCGAGGAGGAAGAAGUUCUUGGUGUUUGAGGAUAGGAAGUUUGGGGAUAUUGGGAAUACUGUGCAGCAGCAAUAUGUCGGUGGUCCUUUGACUAUUGUUCGCUGGGCACCGAUCGUCAACGCACACAUCUUCCCCGGACCCGCGAUCAUCAGUGCUCUCUCCCAGGCGGCCCAGAAGGCGAUCACAGCAUAUAACACUUCGGUACACACAGACAUCCGAGCUUCGCCAACGGCAUCCGUCGCAGACGAUGCUGAUGACAACUAUGAGGACCACUACGAGCAGGGCGCAGACUCAGACGAGGAAGAGACAGAAUUCGAUCGGAAAGGCCGAAAGCAGUCUGUCGUUUCAGUGAGCACAACCAUUAGCAUGAGGUCAGAAGCUCUCAGUCCACAGCCCCACACACGACCCUCAAUAUCAAGAGUUUCGUCAGGAGCCGAAGACGAGGACGAAGGCGAUGACCCGGAAGCUCUUGAUCAUCUUGGCCCUCCGCCAUACUUUCGCUCGUUACUACUUCUGGCUCAGAUGUCGUCUGCGAACAAUUUUUUCUCUCCCGAAUACACAGCCGCGUGCGUGAAACAUGCACGGGAGAAUCGAGACUUUGUCAUGGGUUUCAUCGCGCAGCAGACUCUUAACGAGAAAGCAGACGACAACUUCAUCACCAUGACCCCUGGCGUGCAGCUCCAGUCCGGCGGCGAUGGCCUUGGUCAGCAGUACAACACACCGCAGAAAGUCGUCGGCGAGAUGGGCACCGACAUCAUCAUCGUCGGUAGAGGAAUCAUCGCCGCACAGGAUCGAAAAGCUGCCGCGUUAGAAUACCGCAAGCAAGGCUGGAACGCGUACCGAGAACGCGUGAGAUCCUUGAGAUCCCAGCGGCGAUGA